ACGUGGUUCGGAGCGCGGCGCGUCCUUCUCUCUGCGGCGGUUUAUGAGGAGCUGAUGAGAGAUGAACUCGGAGCAGGAUCGGCCGUUCAUGUGCAGCGCCCCCGGCUGCUCUCAGUGUUUUCCCACCGAGGAUCAUCUGAUGAUUCACCGCCACAAGCACGAGAUGAGCCUCAAGUUCCCGUCCAUCAAAAGUGACAACAUGCUCUCAGACCAGACGCCGACCCCGACGCGCUUCCUGAAGAACUGUGAGGAGGUGGGACUGUUCAGCGAGCUCGACUGCUCCAUCCAGCAGGAGUUCUGCAAAGCUCAGGAGGAGGAGGACAGUAAACAGAAUAUCGCUCUUCAUACACAACCGGGACCAAACCAGCACCAGCAACCUCACAACCGCCUGAGCAACCAUGAGGGCGGCAUGGUGAUCCAGCAGGCCUUACCGUCACCACAGUCCAGCUCCGUCAUAACCCAGGCCCCGUCCACCAACAGGCACAUCGGCCCAGUCCCCGGCUCUCUGUCAUCGCUGCUGCACUUGAGGAACAGACAGCGCCAGCCUCUGCCAGCCUCCAUGCCCGGCACUCUGCCCGACCCCACCAUGCAGGGAUCCUCGGCCGUGCUGAUGCCCAUGGAGAGACAAAUGUCCAUGGGGUCCAACAUAAUGGGCAUGCAGGGCCCCACCCACAGCAGCUCCUGCUCGUCCCCCCACGUCCCCUCCAUGCAUUUGGAGGCAAAGCUGAGACUGAAAGCGGCUCUGGCUCACCAUCCGGCUCCCGGUACCAACGGCACCAUGAACACCAUGGGUCACAUGAUGGACAUGAUGUCGUCCAGGCAGGAGCAGGGCGGCCACCAUCACCUGCACUCCCACCCUCACCAGCACAUGCAGGCCCCGCCCCAUGGCUACCCGCAGCACCAUGCCCACCACCACGGCCACGCCCAGACGGGCCACCACCACCCGCAGGGCCACGGGCACCACAACUCUCACCCGGGCCACAUGCACCCUGCACACGGGCACCAGACGUCCCCUCACGCGCCCCUGCACUCCGCCGCUCCACAGCUCUCCCCGGCCGCGCAGCAGAUGCAGCCCACGGCGACGCUCCAGUCGGGGCCUCCCGGGGCCGGGGGUCGGCGCAGGCGCGUGGUGGACGAGGACCCGGACGAGCGGCGGCGCAAGUUUCUGGAGAGGAACCGGGCAGCGGCCACGCGCUGCAGGCAGAAGAGGAAAGUGUGGGUGAUGUCUCUGGAGAAGAAAGCAGAGGAGCUCACUCAGACCAACAUGCAGCUACAGAACGAGGUGAGCCUGUUGAAGAAUGAAGUGACGCAGCUGAAGCAGCUUCUGCUCACACACAAGGACUGUCCAAUCAGCAACCUGCAGAAAGAGUCACAGGGUUACCUCAGUCCGGAGAGCAGUCCAGCAGGAAGUCCGACCCCCGUGAGCCAGCAGCAGGUCAUCCAGCACAACACCAUCACCACGUCCAGCACCCCCCCCAGUCACCGCACAGACAUCAACCCCAUCCACUAGAGACUCGGGCCCCACCCGGACACACGCGGCCCUGGGUUCGGCGGCAACUCUUCCACACGUGUCCGGCUCGGUGUUCAGUAACGAUGGAUUUCAGAGCGAUCCGCUUCUCUGUGGGUGGCUGAAUAUUUUAAUAACACAGUACGGUAGAUGGAAGGUUCACGUCUCUCACUGUUGUCAGGUACUACUGCCUUCCUUCUGACGCGCCGCGCUCGGAGUGUUGCGGCGUUUUAAUGCUUUUUAAUCCUGAAACUUUAAUGCCAAAAACAAACGCGUUUCUAUCAGAUCUGAACUUUUCUACUGAGGAUUUUCUACUUUUUUUACUCCCCUGUUUUGGACUCUUGAUUCUUGCUAAGCGAUGAACUUUAAACUUUAACCCCCCCACGGUGUACGAAAAACAGUAUAUGGUCAAAAGUAUUGGGACGCCCCUUCUAAUUUCUGAAUUCAUCACCUGUUCCAGAAUGCCUGCACCCCUGUGCUCGCUUUACAUAAACUCCAGUGGGACCUCAGCCCCACUCAACAGCUCUGGGACGGACCGGAACACUGACUGAGGAUCAUCAGCCAUACACAUGCGGUCAUAUUUUGACUAAACGGGCACAAAUUCCCACAGGCGCACUCCAAAUACAAGAAGAGUGGCUGUUGUUCUAGCUGAAAAGUUCAUUUUUGGAAACGUGAGGCGUCCGAAUACU